AUGUCAACAUUCGAUGGCAUCGUGCCCGAAUUUCCAGACAUCAAGACUGCAACACGCGAGAUCCUGUUGCGGUUGGAAAGGUAUCCCUGCCGUAUCAAUUACGCCAAGGGCAUUCUGGAAGCACGGCAGCAGACAUACAAACAUCUCUACAAAGUCUUGAAACCACUUUCACUCGAUACGCCAACACGUAUCGAGCUCCGUCCCGAUCACUGUAUCCAAGUUACUCUCUUGGAUGCCAAUCACUGCCCCGGGGCCGUUAUGUUUCUCAUUGAGAAUGAUGAAAACGCCAUUCUCUACACUGGCGAUAUUAGGAGUGAACCGUGGUUUGUCAAUUCCAUCGCACGCAACCCCAAUCUAGUUGAAUAUACGACUGGACUCAAGACAUUGGACAAGAUUUAUCUCGACACUUCAUUCACAAGCAAUGUACCCUUUCAGACUAAACGUGAGGGAAUAUCGGAACUCGUCUACAAGAUCUCUCGAUACCCAGAUGACACCGUCUUCUAUAUGCGCUCAUGGACCUAUGGGUAUGAAGACGUCUGGGUUGCUCUCUCCCGGGUGCAUGUCGAUGACUACCAAAUGAAGAUAUACAAAUCACUACAAGCCCGUGUGUCCGAUGGUCGCCUCAGCACGACUGUGCACUUGACCCCUGAGGCACCAGCUCUGGUCGGCCACAUGUGCGGCAACUCACCUCACCCCGGCUGUCUUACUAAACAGGAGAAUGUCAGACUGCAUAGUUGUGAAAAGGGAAACAUGUGCGAGGUAGCCCGGCAGCCCUCGGUCGUCCAUAUCCAACCCGUCGUUGCUCACCUCGAGAAUGGGGCAGACCUGGAUGAAGUGGGCAUUGGCGGUGGUGGCGACGACCUGGAUCGUAAAGCAGAGAUCGGGAAUCUCACCCGCGACGAUGUCCAGUUUCUAUUGAAGAGUGCCGAUGCUCGGAAUCAAGUCACCGGGUUUCUCACAAAUCUCUCCUCAAACGGUAGUAGUAACGUACCUCUAGACAUCGACCUAGAUCUCGAGGAGCCUGCAGUAUUAGAGGAUGCUUUGCGUCUCUUUGCCAAAAAGUCAGCACCCGAUGCUUCCACGGACGAACGCAACCAAACCUGCGACACCACCGUACCACUCCCUCGAAAGAUUCUCUUUCCAUAUUCAAGACAUUCCUCGUAUCCAGAGCUGUGCCAUUUACUAGAGAUAUUUCGUCCGAGAGAUGUCUGGCCGUGUACUGUGGACCCGGAGAGAUGGCUAAGAGAUGGCAUUACAGUUGCAUCACUUUUCGGAAAGCACUGCCUAGGGACUAGCUUCGAAUACGACAAAAUCCUGGAGCCUCUCAGGCCGACUGCAUCCGAGGGCCCGGAUAGGGAGAGCCAACAGACACAGCAGAGCAGUUCCUCAGCAGCACAUUCAAAUAUACCCCCUAUAUUGGUGACCGGCAGAUGCGGCCCUGGAUCGAAGCGCACAUUUGACGAGUACGUGGGUAAUUCAACCAUUGGCGUCGACGUGAACGGUGGUACCCGCGACGAUGAAGAGGAUCAAGGCGACUCGCAACAGACGGAUGCAUCCUUCGCCUCGACACUGUCGAUGCGACACUCGGAAGCCAGACAUGAUGCGUACUACCAAAUGCUCCACGGAAAGAACGACAGAUGGCCAGAAUUUGGUCUUCUGUCAACAGAUGGGAAUCACUCUGCCAUAGAAAAAGAAUUAUGA